GAAAAAGUUCAAAAUGUUUUGGAUCCUUGGAGCAAUACUAUUCAUUACUCUUAUCUACUACUAUAUGAUAAAACCUCUUUACCACUGGAGGGAACAGGGUGUUCUACAGAAAGACUUCUUCGAAUCUUUCAACUUCGCAUGGUUUAGUAUGUUUUACCGAGUUUCGUUCGCAGAAAAUAUAAUUAACAUCUACAACAACUUUCCUGGAUCUAGAUAUUUCGGUUUAUAUCAGUUUAAUGUUCCUACUAUGGUAAUCAAAGAUGUCGAUUUGAUCAAGCAAAUGGUGAUAAAGGACUUCGAUCAUUUCAAUGAACAUCGUGCUUUUGCUAGAGAAGAUGUUGAUCCCAUGUGGGCCAAGAAUCUAUUUUCUUUAACAGGUAACAAAUGGAGAAACAUGCGAUCUACUCUUAGUCCAUCUUUCACCAGCAGCAAGAUGAAAGGAAUGUUUGUCUUAAUGAAAGAUAACGCUGAAAGAUUUGUUAAUUUUUUUCUCAAUCAAAACAAAGAAAUCAUUCCGGUAGAAAUGAAAGAAGUAUCUACCAGAUAUAGUAACGAUGUGAUAGCUUCCGCAGCCUUUGGACUCGAUGUUGAUUCCCUCGCCAAGCCAAACAACGAGUUCUACAUGAAUGGAAAGAAUCUCACCGCAUUUGGUAGUAUCAAUACAGUUCUCAGAUUUCUUUUUAACAUGUUUGUACCAAAUAUAGCUAAGCUUUUAAACAUUCGAAUUAUCCAAGAAGAAAUUGGAGGUUUCUUUACCAAAGUUAUUGAAGAUUCUAUUAAAAUGAGAGAAGAAAAAGGACUAGUGAGGCCAGAUAUGAUUCAUUUACUGUUAGAAGCAAGAAAAGGAAACUCAAAAGCAGAUGAACAGCAAACUACUACUGAUACUGGGUAUGCUACUGUUGAAGAACAUCUACAGUCUGAAAUAAAAACUGAUAUCACCAAUGAAGACAUCGUGGCCCAAGCUCUUGUCUUCUUCUUUGCUGGUUUCGAUUCCAGUUCUACUUUAAUGAGUUUCUUAGGAUAUGAACUUUGUGCCAAUCCAGAUAUUCAAGAAAAACUUAGAGAAGAAGUUAAAGAAACUAUAGAAAAUUGUAAUGGAAAAUUAACAUACGAAGCUCUUGUGAACAUGAAGUAUAUGGAUAUGGUAGUAUCAGAGUGUCUACGAAAAUGGCCAGCCAUGCCAGCAUUGGACAGGCUCUGCACCAAACCAUAUACCAUUCAACCAGUUCUACCUGAAGAAAAGCCAGUUCAACUGAAGCCAGGAGACCUCGUAAAUCUACCCAUAUACUCCAUUCAUCACGAUCCUGAAUUGUUUCCAGAUCCCGAAACUUUUGAUCCCGAAAGAUUCAGCGACGAAAACAAAGCAAAUAUUAAACCUUAUUCUUAUAUGCCAUUCGGUUUGGGACCUAGGAAUUGUAUCGGCUCCAGAUUUGCGCUUUUAGAAACAAAAAUUCUGUUUUUCUACAUUUUAAGAUAUUUUAAAAUAGUUCCUGUUGAAAAAAGUGAUAUACCUAUCAAGUUGGAUAAUAAUGUAUUUCAGUUUGUACCAAGCAAAGGUAUUAAUGUGGGAUUUGAACGUAUUAAAUUAUAAUAUAUUUCAUUUAUAUGAAAUACGAAAUAGAAAUACAAAAUUUUCUGUUUUUCUUUUAUAUGUGAUGUAUUAUCAUUUUUUAUGUAUCUAUGAAAAAUUUAAUCAAAUAAUAAAUAAGGUUUUAUGCUAUAUGUUAAUGUAUAUAUUUUGUAUAU